AUGGCAGAUCCAAGACCAGUAACCGUCACGGCUACUGAAAAUGGAGCUACAACGUCUGCUGCUACAUUACGAGACGCUCGGGAACAAGAAGUGGAGGAAGAUGAACAUGAAAUGCAAUAUGGAGCAAAUCAUGUAAUUCAUCUCUUCGUGCCUGUAUCACUGUGUAUGGCGAUGGUUGUCAUCACUAUGAACACCAUCACCUUCUACAGCAAAAAUGGUGGUAGACACUUAAUCUAUACCCCUUUUGUAAAAGAUACAGAGAGUAUUGGAGAGCAAGCGUUGAUGUCUUUUGGAAAUGCGAUUGUAAUGUUAGGUGUUGUUAUAUUCAUGACAUCGUUACUGAUUGUGUUUUAUAAAUAUCGCUGUUACAAGGUCAUUCAUGGAUGGUUAAUAUUAAGUUCUUUCCUGUUAUUGUUCUGUUUCACUACCAUGUAUACACAUGAAGUUAUGAAGUUUUAUGAUAUAUCACUCUCCACUGUAAGCGUUGGGUUUUUCUUAAUGAACUUCGGAGUAUUGGGAAUGAUGUGUGUUCAUUGGAAAGGUCCUUUAAGAUUACAACAGUUCUACUUGAUUACUAUUUCGGCUCUGAUGGCUUUGGUUUUCAUCAAAUACUUACCUGAAUGGACUGUAUGGCCUGUACUUGCCGUAAUUUCCAUCUGGGACUUAGUUGCAGUGCUCUCUCCUAGGGGACCUCUCCGUAUUCUCGUAGAGACAGCUCAGGAAAGAAACGAAUCCAUUUUCCCAGCUCUGAUUUAUUCAUCUGGAGUCAUGUAUCCAUAUAUUCUGUUAGGAAUGGCAGAAGAGAUUGCCAUUGAACCUUCAAAUGUGCAACAAGGAAAUGGACCCGAGCCAAGCACAUCUGAUUCCACACUUCUCUCUGAGAAUUCGAGUCCUGAAAAAAAACGGAAUAAAGUGAAACGGAUUGCCGUUCCUCCACCUCCAACUGCAGCAUCCACGUCAGAGAAUCGUGUAACAUCAGAGGUAGCUUAUACAGAAUUUCAAACUCAGCGUCCUCAAAGCAGCUCUAAUUCUCGUAUCGUUGAAGAGAAGGGUGUAAAGCUUGGGCUGGGUGAUUUCAUUUUCUACUCUGUGCUUGUUGGAAAAGCGUCGUCUUAUUUCGAUUGGAACACUACAGUUGCUUGUUACAUCGCUAUUCUUGUUGGUUUGUGCUUCACCCUGUUACUGUUGGCAGUCUUCAAGAGAGCUCUCCCAGCUCUUCCCAUCUCCAUAUUUGCUGGUUUAAUAUUUUACUUUUCAACUAGAUGGAUUGUAACCCCGUUCGUGUCAGAAUUAACAAGACGCCAAAUAAUAUACUAG